UUAUGAGAUGAAUGACCAAUUCACCAUACGUUAGGUAUACAUGGUAGGUAUACGCUGCUUUUUUUCUUAUUUUCUUUUUCUUGUAAUAAUAAAUUCGCUGUAUGCUAAACCAGUAAAACUAGGCGAACUCUAUCUACUCGUAUGAUAUUUUCAGCUCGAAGGAGCUGGGCAUGCUAAUAUUACUAGUUGUUUUAUAAGAAUCAUCUCUCAUCUCCCGGGGCGAUGUUUACAUAAAUUUUUGCCGAUAGCGUGCGUGUAGCUAAACACUAUGGUUUAAAACUGGCACACUGAGAAUGAAAGUGAGGGUGUGCGCAUUGUGAGCUAGAGAUCUUAAUAGAAAAGGCUGCAACUUCUGCGCCGGCGCCGUAUCUUUGUUACAGCGUCGUCACACAAAAACGUGAGCGCGAUGUGGGUCGCGGCAGGUGCACACUGCAAGCGCCUGCUCUGCAAUCUGCAUACCUAUACACAUACAUACAUUUACCUGUAUUUUAUAAAACUUAUCUAUCUAGUACCUGCCCUGCUACCGUGUGCAAUGAAAAACAAAUGUACCUAAUUUUCACUAAAAUUUAUUUACAAAAAGUCAAUAGAGAAAACACAAGCACGUAACUAUAUGCCGCUGUCCUUGUGCGUUACCAUUACAAAGGUACCUUCGAUGAAAAGGAACUCGUUCGAAAAUGCUACAGAAUAUCUCUUUGUUUGGGCCAUGUUUGUGUUCAAAUGCCAUUUGUAUGUCAGGCUUGUCACGUUUUUGUGUUUUUGUUGCGGUUAGAUAUAGGUACAUAACUCGGUCCGUGCUAAAUUUUAAUGAUAAUUCGUUGUUCGGUACUUGUUUGGAAAUUGUGAAACUUUGAAAGGUUGCCAAUAUUGCCAAUAUCUUAAGCUCGUAAAGCUUCUUAGCCCUAGGCUCUUUAAACGUAUAUAUCAUGUAAGUAAACUGCUUCAUUGUGAAGGCCGCCUCAAGCUUAUUCAUCGUCAAGUUCUGUUGUAAAUAGCUCGGGUAUGGCUGGUCACGCAACGGGCACCGGCGGUGCGCGCGACACCGCGGGCCGGAGUCCACCAUGUCGGUUAGCAGCGACAUCCGCUUCACUCGCCGCAAGAUGAGCCGCUCAUGUCGAGGAUGCUGCGCGGCCGCUGCCUCGCUGCUAGUGCUAUUGCUGCUGGCUGCCGUCGCCGUCUACCUUGGCCAUAUGUACCUGUUCGGAGACCCACUGAACCGGCAAACGUUUCGAGGGUCGUUCGUGAUCUCCCCGGGGGCGGAGGAAGAGGUCGGUGACCCCGAAACGCGGGGCAAUGCCACCAGGGAGGGCUUUCUACAGGCGGCGAUCACGAAGCUCUACCGGACCUCAGAGCUGAGGUCUUGCUUCGUUGCUGCUGAUGUAUUGGCUUUAGAUAGUGCAGAAGAUGGCAUGCGUGUGCACUUCGAGAUGUCAUUCGAGCCUAUCUUCACAGCGGUGAGCACAAGCGAGGUGCGAGCCGUGCUGGCGAGAGAGCUGGCGUCUCCUGAUUAUCUCCGCAACGUCACUGCGCUGCCUGACACGCUGCUGGUUGAGGAAAAUUCAGCUAUAUCCCUAGAGCUUAAGGAAACGGAAACCACAACAGACGACACGCCGACGACCGAAGCUAUUGCAGAGGUCGUGGAAGAACAACGUGAAUGUGCGCUGGUGACCCUAGGGUUGUGCUCACACCUGCCAUAUAACACUACAGCAUAUCCCAACCUCGUCGGCCACCAGAGUAAGGAGGCGAUGCACGCUGAUCUGGUCGCCUUCAGAGAGCUGCUUGAUGCCGAAUGUUCACAUCUCGCUCAGGACUUUGUAUGCCAACUUCUGCAGCCGCGGUGUGAUCGCGACCACCUGGUGCGGCCGUGCCGGGCGUACUGCCGCGCCUUCCACGCGGGCUGCGGCGCGCGGCUGCCGGACCGCCUGCGACCGCACUUCGACUGCUCGCGCUUCCCGGACUACUUCGGACCUGGAUCCUGUACCCCAGAAGCAGACUGCAGCGGCGGUCUCCAGCGACUGGCGCUGUCGCGGCGCGCGUGCGACGGCGUGCCGGACUGCGCGGGCGCGGAGGACGAGCGCGGAUGCGCGCACUGCGCGGGCGCUGGGGGCGCAGGGGACGCGGGGGGCGCGGGGGGCGCGGCGCUGCGCUGUGCGCUGCACGCGCGCUGUCUGCCGCCGCAUCUACGCUGCGACGGCACGCCCGACUGCCCCGACGGCAGCGAUGAGGCUGGUUGCUUAUGGAUCGCUCGAUCCCUGGCAUCCUGGAGACGCGAGAAUGGAGAGACGACGCUUGGGGCGGUGCGGAGCAGAGCGGGGUACGCGGUGUGGGCGGAGCGCGGGCGGGACGGCAAGAUCUGCGCGGCGCCCUACGACAGCGACAAGCGGGCGCUGACCAGCGUCGCCACCUCGCUGUGUAGAGCUUUGACUUUCAGGUCAGCAUUAAGUGCAGAAGUAGUGCCUGACUCUGAAGAAGAAAUAGAACUGGAGCAUAAUGAGACAGAGACGGCGAUAAAAGAAAGGCCAGAAUAUGUAGAAGUUGUGGAUCCAUUUGCGCCGGAGAUAUCAUUCCAAAAGAGCGAUUGUCCGCAGCGGAAAGUCAUUAAAGUCACUUGUGAUAACUUGGAAUGCGGAGUACCAUCGGCCUUGGGCAGCCGGGCGCGGAGCGGGGUGGAGGGGCUGAGCCGGUCGGGCGCUCCGGGGCACUGGCCCUGGCACGCGGCGCUGCUGCGCGCGCACGUGCACGCGUGCGACGCCGCGCUCGUGCACCCCGCCUGGCUUGUCACCACCGCCUCCUGCUUCCAGGGACAACCGAAAGCUGAAUGGACUGCUAGACUAGGAACUGUCCGAAUUCUAAGUACAACCCCGUGGCAACAAGAACAACGUAUCGUGGGCAUGGUCCGAUCGCCGGUAGAAGGCAGCAUGUUAGCUCUCGUCAGAUUGGAGGAGCCGGUCGAAAUGACAGACUUCGUGCGCCCUCUGUGUUUGCCCGAAGAGAAUGUAGCCGAUAAUGAUAACAACAGCGUUUGUAACACACUGGGCUGGACGAGGAAUAGGGACCAGUUGCAAAGGGUACAUGUGACCAUCAGUCCGAUGAAUACUUGCGAGAAUGUCAGCAUUGCUACAGUGAAUGGAAUAUGUGCUGAACCUCUUUAUGACCAAGAUGAUUGUGACGAAGAAGAAUAUGCAGGAAGUUCUAUGAUGUGCUUCAAUCAUAAAUUAAAGCGCUGGUCUUUGAUUGGAGUCAGUGGAUGGCGCAUUGCAUGUUCCAAAAUAGGACUUGGGAGGCCAAGGAUCUACGACGCAGUUGCAUCACAUGUAGAUUGGAUUCGAAGAACCAUCUCUAAUUCUGCUAGAUGACCAUAAUUAAUCUACUUGAAACUUUUGAAGACUGUAUGUAAACUAAAUAGGUACCAGAGAUAAUAAUUAUGUCAAUUGGUUAUUUUAGAAUCCAGUACAAAUUGGAUAUUAAAUAAAAGUAUAUGUAAUAUCUGUAUUUUUAUAUAAAUAUGAAUUGUGAAUCAAAGUACCUACCUAUGUUGUAAAAUACUCAAGGUUUAAAUCUUAACAUCUUGUUCAAUUUUAAAACUUUUAUUACAUGUUAAUGAUGAUAGUUAUGUUUUAUUAUUACUAAAAAUUAAUUACUUUAGUAAUAAGAUUAAUUUAUUGCAAUGUAUAAUAUUAGCACUAAAUUUUACUGUAAAUAAAUUUUUAUGAAUACAACAAAUUUAGAAAAUUUUA